GCAGAGUCUGACACUCAGGAUUGAAGCAUGGAUGAUGAUUUCGAGCGCCGCAGGGAGCUCAGGAGACAGAAGCGCGAGGAGAUGCGUCUGGAGGCUGAGAGGAUGGCAUAUCGGCGCAGUGAGGAGGAUGAGGAGGAGGCUGCUCGAGAGCGCAGAAGAAGAGCGAGACAGGAGAGAAUGCGCAGUAAAGACAGUGAAGACGUGGCCUUCCAACCUGAGACCCCAGAACUCAACAACAGCCACAGUGUGACUGUGUCUGAGAGCAUCUCCACCUCAGUGCUGAGCUCCAGCGGGACAGGCGAGGGGGACGAGGAGGAGCAGGCCCUGCUGGAGCGCCUUGCCAAGAGAGAGGAGCGCAGGAUGAGGAGGAUGAAGGAGGCGCUGGAGAGACAGAAGGAGGAUGAAGAGGAAAGCAGCAGCAGCAGCCUGAGACGAGGCAGGAGCUACGAGCCUGAAGAGCAACACAACAACAACAACAACCAAGAGGAGAAGGAGGAGGAGAAACAAGAAGAGGAAGAGGAGGAGGAGGACGUCAGAUGUAGAGAAGAAGAAGAGGAGGAGGAGCAGCGAGUGGAGGAGAAGCAACAAAGGUCUUAUUUAAGCGAACGGAUGGAAGACGAAGAUGUGAUGAGGAAGAAUAAACAGCCCAACGGAGGAGUGUGCGAGGACAGUCCUCCCAAACACAAGAAAGCCGAGAGGACUUUCAGCCGAGGCAGUUUGCGUUCUCCCGAGGCGCCGGACGCAGACGAUGAAGAUGCGCGUCUGGAGGCGGAGAGGAAGCUGGAGGAGCUGAAGAGGAGGAGAGAUGAGAUGGAGAGCGAGGAGUUUGAGAAGAUGCGGCAGAAGCAGCAGGAGGCCGAGGUGGAGCUGGAGGAGCUGAAGAGGAAGAGGGAGGAGAGGAGGAAGGUGCUGGAGGAGGAGGAGCGGCGGAGGAAGCAGGACGAGGCUGACAGGAAAACCAGAGAGGAGGAGGAAAAGAGGAGGAUGAAGGAGGAGAUAGAGAAGAGAAGAGCAGAGGCGGCCGAAAAGCGUCAGAAAGUGGAGGAUUCAGUGGACGGAGAGGCCAGAAAGCCUUUUAAGUGUGUCAGUCCCAGAGGAUCCUCACUGAAGAUCGGUGAAAGGGCAGAAUUUCUCAACAGAUCAGCACAGAAAAGUUCUGUGAAGGCGUCUCACACUCCUGUGGUGUCUAAGAUUGAUAACCGAUUAGAGCAGUACACCACCGCGGUGCAGGGCAACAAGGAGGUCAGAUCUCCCAGAUCAGGCGCCAUAGAUCUUCCAAUGGUGACGGACGGCAUUCGCAACAUCAAGAGCAUGUUUGAGAAGGGAAAUGUCUUCAGCUCUGGCGGGAGCCCAGCUUCCACCAAUAAGGAUGCAGCUGGGAUAAAGGUGGGCGUGGCCGGUCGCAUCAAUGAUUGGUUGAAUAAAACUCCAGAGACAGGCAAAAUGUCAGGAGGAAGACCUGCUGACCUGAAACCGGGCGACGUGACCAGCAAACGCAGUCUAUGGGAAAACAAAGGCUCCUCUGCUACCAAGGUCACAAGCAGGGGAGAGACCAAAUCUGUCACCAAUGGAAUGGGCCAUUAACCCUUCAGAGAAGCCAGAGAGGCAGGGACCAAGAGAAUGCACAACAUUCCUUUUUUUAUUAUUAUUUGUACUUUUAUUAAAACCAAAAAGAAAAAAAAAAUACAAGCAUUUUAUACAGUCAGGAUGAGAAGACACGGUAUAAAAGAGAGUAAAAAAA